AAGACCGCAAUGGGCGCACCGCCGAAAGACUUCACUGUCACCAUUGUAGGCGGCGGGAUAGGCGGCCUCACCCUCGCCGCGGGUCUCCUCAGCCGCAACGUCCCCUUCCAAAUCUAUGAAGCUGCCGCGGCCUUUGCAGAGGUCGGCCUGGGGGUCUCCAUCGGGCCCGCGGCGCAUCGCGCCAUGUCGCUCAUCCACCCGCGGGUCCGAGAGAUCUAUGACUCCCUCAUCACCACCCACGCCGAUAGCCCCGGCUACGAGGCGUUCCGGCAAACCUGGUUCGAGCUCCUCUGGGCCUCCGGCGCCAAAGAAGGCGACACCAUGAUGCGCCUGGAAGCCCUCCCAUCCGGCCAGACCGCCGUGCGUCGAGCCAGUCUCCUCGAGGCGCUGGCCGGCCUGAUUCCGCCCGAGAUGGUCCACUUCGGGAAGCGCCUCAAGAGCUACACGGAAACCGACAGCCACGUCGAGCUGCGCUUCGAAGACGGGACAACCGUCUGCGCGGACGUGGUCAUCGGCUGCGAUGGCAUCAAGUCCCAGAUCAAGCAGUCCAUGCUCCCGGAGGAAUCCGCGGCCAAACCGCCUCGGUACAGUGGCAUGUACGGCUACCGCGCCGUGCUCAACAUGGACGACAUGGUGAGUGCGGUGGGAGAUCGCCGUGCGCGACUCGCGACGCUGUAUCUCGGGCACGGCGCGUACGGGAUCUCCUAUCCCAUCGCGCAUGCCCAGAAAGUGAACGUGGGGCUUUUCGUGCUGCAUGAGAAAUGGGAUGAUGAGGCGUGGAUCCGGCCGGCAAAGAGAGAAGAUCUGAUGCGGGAUGCGAGCAGUAUGGGUCGGUACAUGAAGGCGUUGGCUGAGUACAUGCCCGACCCGUCGCAAUGGGCGCUCUUCGAGCAUCCUGGGCUUUCCACGUUCUAUAAGUCGCGCGUGGCGAUCAUGGGGGAUGCGGCUCAUGCGACCACGCCGCAUCAGGGAGCUGGGGCGGGACAAGCCAUUGAAGAUGCGCACGUCCUCUGCGAGCUCCUCGGUGACUCUCGUGUCACGUCUCCCAGUCACGUAAUGGCUGCGUUCAAGGCUUAUGAUGAAAUUCGCCGACCUCGGACGCAGAAAGUGGUCGCGAGUAGCAAGGAGAAUGGAGACCUUCUUUGUCUGUGUCUGGAUGGUGUCGGUGAUGAUGAGGAGCUUAUCAAACAGACUAUCGAGCAACGCAUGAGGGGGCUGUGGGAUAUUGAUAUCCAAGGUCAAGCGGAGCAGGCACGAAAGAAGAUGGUUGAAUAUUUAUCUUGA